AUGGGCACUGCAGCAAAACGUCAGAGGCGCAUGUCCUUGCAAGAUCUCCACGGAAGUCUGGUUCAGGGCAAGAGCGUUGGAACGUCAGUUCUGCAGGCGGCCUAUACAAAGCUUGUUUCAGAUCAACCUUUGGCGUUGCUGCCGUCACUUCAGAGGAAAGAGCGUGCAGCUUUGAAAUUUCAGGAUGCUUCUGAGAGGGCUCGCAAAGAAAGUGAGUCUCGAGUUCGCUUUGCUGUGUUGCUUGGUGGGUUCGUGAGGGAGGCACAGCUCCCAGUGGUCGCUGAAAUCGCUGCUUUAGCAUCUCCAGAAGCAGGGUGGAAGCGCUACCACUGGCCGCAACGAGCUGGCGAUCUUGUGGAGUACGCGGAGGAGCUCUACGAGUCUGGUUGCGGGAAGACCGCGUUAGAUGCCUUACAAGCUGCGCUGACAGUGCUUGAGUCUGCAGGCAAAGUACGGGAUUCAGAGCUUCUUUCAGGUGACACACUUUGGGUUGCUACACUGAGAAGCAUCACAUCAGAUCUGGUAGCUGCGCAUCCGCCAAGGAAGCCAGCUGAGCUACCCACCGUGGCUACUGUUGUGGCAUUGGAGUUAUCAGUCUGUCAGGAGACGCUCCCGCUGUACUUCCGUGCAAUGGCUUGGGUUUUCCUUUUGAUACUCUGGUGCAGCCUUCGAGCAGACGAUGUGCAGGGUCUGCUUCCCGAGAGUAUGUUGCUAAAUGGAGUUGGCUUCAGUGCCACGCUGGGAAAGACGAAGACCACGGGGCCAGACCGUCGAGUACGUGACAUCAAGAUCUUUGUGGCGCGGGAAACGAGUCUAACUGGGUGCGAUUGGCUUUCUGAGGGCCUUGCCAUUUGGACUACUUUUAGCAAGCCUCGUGACUAUCUUGUUUUGGAAGCAAAGGGUGACUGGAGUGGGCCGACUGGGAGAGCUGUCGACCCUUCUGCACUGACGCUUUACCUACGGCAUGUUUUGGCCAAUCUUCGGGGUCCUCUAAGGAGGCCCAACGGGCAGUGGGUUCUCAAUCUGCAAGUCAGGCUGUAUCCAAACCAUUUAGAGUCAUAUAUUACUGCCCAUGCAUUGCGUGACUGGCUUGCUUCUUUGGCAGCAGCAUUAGGGGUGCCUAAGCCUAAGCCAGACCGAGAUUUCCUGGGGCGAUGGAGCAUUGGCUCGGCUGGGGGUUCAGCUGACUAUGUGCGCACAUCUCGUGAAGUGGUGCAGCGCGUGCAAGACUUGGUCGCCAAGACGUUGGUCACUGGCAAGCCUCGCCCCUACCUUGAGCACCAGGCUUUAGAUCGUUUGGCCGAAGCUAUGAACCUUCUCGAUCAGAAUGGUGCCCAAGUGCGAGCGCAUCAUGACAUCCUGCGAAAACUGCCUGGCGCUCCACGCUUGGGUGGGGAAUGGCCGACCUUCAUUCCCGGUGCCGAAGAGGAGGAGUUGGUUUCAGUGCAUGAGCCCAAGGUUGGAAGUCAAAGCGCUGCCCCCACGCAGCCCAAGUAUUUCAUCACUGUUUCAAAGCACACCGGUUUCAGAAGGCUCCACCUCAAUGGUCAGUGUUAUGUCAAGCCCUUUAAGUGUAGAUCUGUUUCAUAUCAUGAUGUCGUUGACGGCGCUCAGAUUGAUGCCAUUUGUCGUGAUUGUAAACGGCGCAUGCGGAGGGAGACUGGCGAGGACCCACAAGAGGACUCGUCGAGCACGUCGGGCACCUCCAGCGGCACGGAGGCCGCUGAAGGAGAGGCCGCGGAGUGA